AUGGAUGCCGCGGGGCGGUUGUAUUGGGAUGUGCUUGUGACUGGCUGGCCUUGCUUUAUGGCCGGCUCCCUUCCCCGUGGAUACCGGGCUCGGUGCUCGGUCCUUAUCACGCCCCACCUUCCUCUCUCGGCUCACCGGUUCCCGACGACCUUCAGUCUCAAGGAUGGAGGUUCCGGCGGCUAUAGAAAAGAGGCUAACAAGCCCCGCCGGUCCUGCCUGGUCUCGACCUGGCUUGCCUAGUCCGUGAC